GUUUAAUAAGGGAAAACGCAGCAAUUUCCAGUACUGCUGAAGAUGCCGAUAAAUUACGUGACACCAUUGAGCAGUUGGAAUGGGACAUUUACAAAUUGCAACGUUACGACUACAAACUCGACACUCUAACCAUAAAUCUGCAAAAGAACCAUCAAAGCAUGUCUGUUGAUGUGCAAAACCUGCAAACACUUGCCAAAACACCUAUUGAAGAAGGAACAGUCGCAAAAAAAGUGGAACUGGACAAAGAUGAUCCUUUACUACGUGAACUUGAAGACCUCCAAACAUCUGAAGAACAAGCAUUCGCACACUUGCAGAAAUUGCGACUAGAAGCGUGCAAUAUUCAGAGGGAUGAGAUCCUGACCUCAUCGCAGUACCGAGAGUUAGAGAACAGCGUCACCGUCAUGGAGGAUUUUGUGUCCAAGCAGUUUCUAGAGUUGGAAAUGCUCCUUUCGCAAAGCGGCACUGCACAGGGACACCUUUUAGGAUUGGCCAACCUGUUUGAGAGAAAGGAGCUUGAUAAGCAGUCUAAAGAUCGUCACGAUAUUUUGCAUAAAAUUGACCAGAUUUCCUUCACGAAACAAUAUUUGGCCGACUGGCGUCAAGACUUAAAUCUGCGUCAGUUAGAAAAAGAGUAUUUUGGACCUGUGCAAGAAGAAGAAGAAAAUUUCGCCGAAAUAUUGCAAACGCAACACGAAGGUUUUCACAUAUAUCUCGAUUAUACGGCAAGAAAGGAGGAACGAUUGUUGGCUGAGCGUAACAAGCUGCUCACAGUCGACAAAGAAAUGCAGCAACGAAUCCGACAUCUUACAGGUAAUAAGGCUUGUUCGCCACCCAGACCUGGUGGAAGUGGGAAAGAAGUGGACACUGGCGGCUCACACCAACCGGAAGAGCUUGUCCGAUUAAAACGGGAAUUGGCGAAAGCUCAAUCUGAACGAGACAGCUUGAAGUUUCAACUCGAUUUGUUCAAAAAUAAUGCUCUAAACCAGGAUACUGGAAACACUUCCGUUCAAGAUUCAUUGAAAAAGACUCGGAACGAGAUUGAAAAUUUUUCAAAGUUAAUCAGGAAGUUGAAGCAUAUUACAAAUCUCAAAGGAACAGAAUCAUCACUAAUGCGAGAAGCUAGUGACCGUGCUAAGGGUAUGCAAACGUUAAUAACAUCUUUGGAAAAAUGUGGCCACAAUUUCGACGAAUUAACCAUGCAACGCAAUAAACUGGCGGACAUGAUAAGUGAAGCUGACAACCGGAGAUUGUUCCAAUACUCGCAGAAUAUGAUUCAGGAUACGAAAACUGGUGACAAAGAUGCCCAUCUGGAAAUUGACAAAAAUUCUGAUAUGAUAUCCAUCAACGAAUUAAAUAAUUUGAUCAAUACUUUACCCGAACUUGACGAAAAAACAAGCUCCUUGGUUCAGAGGAUUUCGAAAUAUCAAGAAAAAUUGCAAAACCUUCACAUUGUAGCAGCUCACGAAAAUAUUGAAAACAUCCGGCUACUUCAUACGACUGCCAUACCAAAUGUUCAAAUAGAUUGCUACCAGAAAGCCCUGGAUAAAAUUAACGGCACGCUCAAGGAACGGACGAACGACAUCGCUGCGGAAGAACGAAAUCAAUCCAAUCUUCUCCAGCAGAUUCGACACGCUCGGGAAUCCAUCGAUCAAAUCAGACGCCAAGGGCGACAUCAUCCACCCAUCGAUGAGGUCAUACUGGAAGAAAUCCGAACUUACAAGCAAGAUCUAAUGUGUCCUUCCUGCCAGAAUAAUUAUAAAGAUGCCAUUAUCCCAAAUUGUGGUCAUGUUUUCUGCCACCAGUGCUUAAAACAGGUCAGCGAGUGUCCCAAGUGCAAAACCUCAAUUGAAGAGGGAGGCAUUUGCAAAUUAUACUUGGUCUAACAGAAAAAUGUAUUUAUUUUGAAAUUUAUGUAGCAGAAUCUCAACUAAACUCAAAUUAUUUGUCAUGUUUUUUUAUAUAUUCUGACAAAUUUACUAAUUACUCGAACUUGUUAUUUUUGCACUACUUUUGUUUUGACUUAUCCAAUUUUAGUCUUUCAAUGACCAGCAGUUAAUAAAUGCAGUAUACACAAAAUAAA